AUGCUCAAUCAAGACUUAAUUUAAGAAUUUGAAGUGAAUGGAUAUAAUUUACCAAAAAUGGAAAAGAAAUUAUGCAUAAAUCAAAUAAAAUAAAUGCUAUAGAGUCAUCCAAUAGACUUUGAUUUUAUAGUAGCCAAUACUAAACCAACAACAAACUAAAUGAAUAUAUUGUAAUAAAAGUCACAUAUUUAAACAAUUCUUAACUCCGAAAAUGAUUAUAAGAUUAGCUGUCCAGUUUUCGAUUUCAAUCAAUUGAAUGAAUUACUUCCGAAUAAGAAUAGAAAUAAGAUAAAUGAAAUUAAAUGUAAAGUUGAAACUCUUUUGAAUUGUAGUCAUAUAGAUCCACCAUAAACAAUAAAGAAAAGGUAUGUGAUUAAUAUAAUAAAAAAAUAUAAGAUGGUGGACAGAAGAUGAAGACUAAUAACUUAAAGAUUUAGUGUUUUAAUAUGGUGCUAAGAAUUGGAAGAAAAUAGCAUCAUUUUUUUAAGAUAGAACAGACGUAUAAUGUUUACAUCGUUGGCAAAAAGUUUUAAAUCCUGAUUUAGUAAAAGGUCCUUGGACAUAAGAAGAGGAUGAACUUUUAGUAAGAUUAGUAGUUGGAUAUGGUCCUAAAAAUUGGAGUUAAAUAGCUAAACAUUUACCAGGUAGAAUUGGAAAGUAAUGUAGAGAGAGGUUAUAUAAUAUAAUUAAUAAUAUAGAUUUCAUAAUCAUUUAGAUCCUAAGAUUAACAAAGAGAGAUGGACUGAUGAAGAAGAUUAAACUAUUAUCGAAGCUCAUAAAAAGUUAGGAAAUCGUUGGUCCUUGAUUGCUGGAUUAUUGAAAGGUAGAACAGAUAAUUCUAUUAAAAAUCAUUGGAAUAGCACAUUAAAAAGAAGAUUGAAAAUGUAAAAUAGAUGGGAAGAUUUAUAAGUAUUAUAAAAUUAAGAUGACACUUAAAUUAAGGGUAUUCCAAGAAGACAUAUGUAAAGAAAAAUCAUUUAUUAAAAAACACCAGUUAAAAUGAUCAAACAUGAUCCUGUAUCAAGAUAGUUGAAUUUUCAAACUCCUUAAUAAUCUCCAUCAAGUAAAAAGAUUAAUUAUUCUUAAUCUAGAACCAGAGUAAGUUCCAAAAAGUUUAUUUAUUGUAUUCCCUAAUUACAAUUAAAAGUUAACGAAUCUCUCUAGUGUAAAUCUAAUUAAGUAGUUGGGUGAGUUGCUGAACUUUGAUCUUGAUUUCAAUAAACAAUAUAGUUAUCAAUGAGUUUAUUAUUCAAUUAAAUAAAUA